GGAUUAUGUUGGUAUGUUUGCUUUAGGUCUCCAGAUUACAGGUUUGUGUCAUUUAAACUCGGAUUACUGAUUAGCCAGUUAGUGAAGCCGUCACAUCCGCUGCAUGAUGCGCAUUAGGAUGCAGAGAUGAAUCUGGCGAUGAGCUAACGUGGACACUCCAUGAGAAUGCAUCCUCUGGUGCUUUAGCCUUGUGCGUCGCACUUCUCUUCCCCGUGAGCCAUGGCUUUAGUGCGCACAGCAGUGCAUCUGUGUGCGCUGCUCGUGCAGAGCGGCUGGAUGGGGGUCGCGGCGAGUCCUACCGAUGAAGGAGCCCUCAGGGCCGGACAUGGCGAGCACGGAGACCCGGGCCACCAAGAGCCGCAUAAAGACUCAUACAGCACGUUUGCGUCCGAAUUUCUGGAGUCCAAAUAUCUGUCUGAUGAUGGAUAUCCAUUCCCCACUGCUCCACCUGUGGACCCCUUUGCCAAAAUCAAAGUUAGUGACUGUGGAAUCACCAAAGGCUGCAUCAGGUAUGGUAAACCAGGCUGUGAUGCAGAGACCUGUGACUACUUUCUGAGUUACCGGCGGAUUGGGACCGAUGUGGAGUUUGAGCUGAGUGCAGACACAGACGGAUGGGUGGCUGUAGGCUUCUCCUCUGACAAGAAAAUGGGAGGAGAUGAUGUUAUGGGCUGUGUCCAUGAUGACAAUGGCCGUGUGCGCAUCCAUCACUUCUAUAACGUCGGCCAGUGGGCCAAAGAGAUCAAGAGGAACCCGGCCCGAGACGAGGAGGGCAUCUUUGAAAACAAUCGUGUCACGUGUCGAUUCAAGCGGCCGCUGUAUGUGCCCCGAGAGGAGACGCUGGUGGACUUACACCUGUCCUGGUACUACCUGUUUGCCUGGGGUCCUGCUAUUCAAGGUUCAAUCACUCGACACGAUAUUGACAGUCCCCCUGUCAGUGAUCACAUGAUCAGUAUCUACAAGUAUGAGGACCUGUUUAUGCCCUCCACAGCCUACCAGACCUUUAACUCUCCCCUCUGCCUCCUGCUCAUCGUAGCACUCACCUUCUACCUGCUGAUGGGGUCGCCAUGACAACUGAGCACAUGAACUGAACCCAGGAAACAGGAAAAAGCAGCAAUAACAUAAGAUGCCAUAUUCACUGUAUGUGUACUUUGCACAGAGCUACAGAUAUAGUACACUUUUUCAGAAAAUAAGAUAAACAUAUUUUAUGAGUAAAAUUAUUAAGUAGUUUUAAACAGUAUAUAUGCUUCCAAGUAGAAUAGCCUACUUAAAUUAUUACUACAGAAUUACUUAAAUGUGAAAUACAUACAGUUAUGCACCAGCUGCAUGUAGUAGAAAACCACUUAAAAAGUGUCAAAAACCAACUCUCGCUGAUGGUGAAAGACUUUGCCCUACUGUAGAUUUUAAUUGAAGUAAAAGAAGCCAAGAGGCUCACACACCACUUUAUUUAUGUCAGAACUGGACACAUAAAAUAAUUGCAUAUUGGAUGGCGUAACGCAGUAGCUACCUUCACAAGUGUUUACAUUUUAUUUCUCAGAUAAAAAGCAUGUGAACACUGAACACUAUAACAGUAACAGCAAUGGAGUGCCAUGGACAUCUGUCAUGUUUUCUAUGAUUAAUAAAGAACAAAAUAUAUGAACAUA